UCAGCUUACUUUUAAGAUCUUUUCCACUGGGUUCAGUUCGUACUACCCAAUACUUUUCUAGUACCAUCUCGGAUGGGGUUCCAAGCGACUCAAGCUGAUACCAAAACGUGACAUGAAAACACUGUAGAUCACUGAUUGGUCUGAGAGUAUCGUCACUACCAGCGUCAUCGCUAUAAUAUAAAGAUUACAUUUACCUUCAUGCUUGUGCUGUCUCGAGCAAACAUUCACAGGUUGAGAAUCAGGAACACCAUAACAGUUUUUCCAGACUUGUAGUUUGUGGUGGCAGAUUCGCGACGCGCACAUCCGCAUAUAUGCUCAAAAGCAAGCCAAAGUGAGGUGAGCUGACCUGAACCUAACCAAACCGUGGGGUACUAUGUUAUUUUUGACGAGGUAUUUGUUCAAGACUUCAUGUUAGCCACUAGUCAGACCAUUAAAUACACAGAAACUGGAAGUAAAGUUAAGACCAGAUGCGUAACGUGACAACGGAUGUGCAUCCAAAGAAACCGUCUAUAGAUGGCUAUUUCAGACAGCCAAUGUUUUCUCUCAAAUUCAAACCUGGGAUCUUUGUGUUAUUAGUGUUAUGUGUUCAAGCCGCAGUCAGACAAUGUACACAAAUAUAUGAAUAAAUACACAUUGUGCAGGUGUCAAAGUGGAUUUAUUUUUGAUGGAAAGAAGAGCAGCACGGCCUCUAAAAACUCAUCUUCAGAAAAAAUAAUCUCAAUAAUAAGAUGGAGGAAGGUACUUCAGUUUCUCCAGAACCCAGCUGUCUGGCUAUGAAGAGUGACAGAUCCAUUAUUGCGAAUCCUCCUUAUCUAAGUAGUGGAGAAGUGACUUCUGACUUCAGGAAGAAACAGAUUCAGAAAGCUGCAUCUCCAGAAUCCGGUUGGGUGUCUAUGAAGAGUGACAGAUCCAUGAAUCCGGAACUACCUAAUCUAAGUAGUGAAGCAGUGACCUCUGACCUCAGGCAGCUCUACACAGAAGACAACCUGCUGGAGGAGACUAAAGACCUUCUUCAGGAUUCUUAUCAACCAGUGGAUGAUGUUCUGGAGAGAGUCAAAGACCAACACAAAACCAUCAUGAAAAACAAGUAUGAGAGUUUAUUUGAGGGAAUCAAACAACAAGAGAAUCAAACCCUCCUGAAGAGGAUUUACACACAAUUGCACAUCAUAGAGGGAGAGAGUGAAGGAGUAAAUGAAGAACACGAGGUUAUAAACAUGGAGAAAAACACCAGAACACAAUGCUUGCAAGACACAAUAAUCUACUGCAAUGAUAUAUUUAAACCCUUACCUGAACCGGGAUAUAAAACAGAGAAAAGAAGAAGAAAAGACAAAAUCAAGAGCGUUCUUACAAAAGGCAUCGCUGGAAUUGGAAAAACCGUCUCUGUACAGAAGUUCAUUCUGGAUUGGGCAGAGGGAACAGCCAAUCAGGAUGUAGAUUUCAUGUUUGUGCUUCCAUUUCGAGAGCUGAACUUGAUACAACAUGAUGAGUACACUCUUCACAAACUUCUGCUCGACUUUCAUCCUGAACUUCAAGAUCUAGACUCAAAGGUUUAUGAUGAGUGUAAAGUUGUGUUCAUCUUUGAUGGUCUGGAUGAAAACAGAAUGACACUGAUAUUUUCAGAUGGUGAGAACGUUUCUGAAGUGACUCAGACUUCAUCGGUGACUGUGUUGAUAUCAAACCUCCUGAAAGGAGAUCUGCUUCCCUCUUCUCUGAUCUGGAUCACCUCCAGACCAGCAGCAGCCAAUCAGAUCCCAUCUAAAUACAUCAACCGUGUGACAGAGAUCCAGGGAUUCAAGGAUGCUCAGAAGGAGGAAUAUUUCAGGAAGAGAAUCAGUGAUGAGCAUCAAGCCAGCAGAAUCAUCUCACACAUUAGAAGAUCAAGAAGUCUCCACAUUAUGUGUCACAUACCAGUCUUCUGUUGGAUCUCAUCCACUGUGCUUCAAAACAUCCUGAAACAAAACUACGAGAGUGCAAAAAUCCCCAAAAAUCUGACUGAAAUGUACAUCCACUUCCUGCUGAUUCAGAUGAAUAUGAAGAAGGAGAAGUAUGAUGAGAGAGAUCCAGAGAAACUCCUGCAGUCCAACAGAGACGUGAUUGUCAAACUGUCUGAAGUGGCUUUCAAACAGCUGAUGAAGGGUAAUGUGAUGUUUUAUGAGGAGGAGCUGAGAGAAUCUGGCAUAGACAUCAUAGAUGCCUUGUUGAAUUCUGGAAUUUGCACUGAGAUCUUUAAGGAGGAAGCUGUGAUUAAUCAGAGGAAAAUCUACUGCUUCAUACAUCUUAGCAUCCAGGAGUUUCUGUCUGCCUUCUAUGUGUUGUACAGUUGUUUAAUAAAGAAGACAGAAUCACUGCAGAUGUUUCUGAAGGAGAAGAAUGACUUUUACUGGUACAGCAGAUACUCAGACAAUGAUAAUCAUAGGUCUGAGGAGAUCUCUCUGUCUCUUCUUCUACAGUCAGCAGUUGAUAAAGCUCUUCAAAGUAAAACUGGACAUCUGGAUCUUUUCCUGCGAUUCCUGCUUGGCAUCUCAUUGGAGUCCAAUCAGAGACUCUUACAGGAUCUACUGACACACACGGUGGACACCUCACAAACCAUCAGUGAAACCACACAGUACAUUAAAGAUAAAAUUAAACAUGAUGAUCUCUCGGCUGAAAGAUCCAUCAAUCUGUUUCUGUGUCUUCUUGAAGUGAAUGAUCAGACUUUGUACAUAGAGAUUGAGGAGUUUGUGAGAUCAGACAAACACUCAGAGAAGAAACUCUCUGCUGCUCACUGUUCAGCUAUAGCCUGCAUGCUUCAGAUGUCAGAGGAGGCGCUGGAUGAGUUUGAUCUGAAGAAAUACAACACAACACAGGAGGGGAGAAGACGACUCAUACCAGCUGUCAGCAACUGCACAAGAGCUAUUUUACAGAGCUGUAAUAUGACUGUUGAGUGUUGCAAAAUUUUGGCUUCAUGUCUACAAUCCCCAAACUCACCUGUGAGAGAUCUGGACCUGAGUAACAACGACCUGGAUUCAGGAGUGAAGCUCAUCUUUGAUGCUCUCAAGAGUCACAGCUGUAAACUAGAAAUACUGAGAUUGUCAAUGUGUAAUCUGACUGGUGGGUGCUGUGAAAGUUUGUCUUCAUCUCUACAAUCCUCACGGUGUCUCCUGAAAGAUCUGGACCUGAGUAACAAUGACCUGCAGGAUUCAGGAGUGAAGCUCAUCGCUGAUGCUAUUAAGAGUCACAACUGUAAACUACAGAUACUGAGAUUAUCUGGUUGUAUGGUGACAGAUGAAGGUUGUUGUUAUUUGGCUUCAGCUCUGAGUUCAAACCUAUCAUCACACCUGAGAGAGCUGGAUUUGAGCUAUAAUCACCCAAAACACGCAGGAGUUCAGCUGCUUUCUCAGAGACUCUGUGAUACAAACUCAACACUCAACGUACUCAAUUUGAAUCAUGGAAGAGAGGAAUUAAGAAUUACUGCAGGACUACACAAGUAUGCCUGUGAUCUUACAUUGGAUCCAAACACAGCAAACACUCAGCUCAUACUGUCUGAAGACAACAGAAAGGUGACAUGUGUGAAUGUGGAGCAGUCGUAUCCUGAUCAUCCAGACAGAUUUGAGUGUUAUCCUCAGGUUUUAUGUAAAGAGCCUCUGACUGGACGCUGUUACUUGGAGGUUGAAUGGACAGGCUGCGGUGUUUUUAUAUCAGUUUCAUAUAAAAACAUCCGCAGAAAAGAAAGGAGGGAUGACAGCGUGUUUGGAUUCAAUAAAAAGUCAUGGAGCCUGCACUGUUCUGAUCGUAGUAUACGUGCCCGUCAUGAUAAUAAGGGAACAAUGGUAUCUGCUUCCUCACCUCCAUCUAAUAGAAUAGGAGUUUAUCUUGACUGGUCAGCCGGCACUUUGUCCUUCUACAGCGUCUCUGAUACACAAACACUCACACACUUACACACAUUCAACACAACAUUCACACAACCUCUAUAUGCUGGAUUUAAUGUUUAUUUGACUUCUUCAGUGUCUCUCUCAGGUAAAACAACACAGUGACUGACUCAAAAAAAUACAGAGACUCGAUCUGAAAUCAGAAAAUCAUGAUGUGGUAGACAGACAGACAGACAGACAGACAGACAGACAGAUACUUUACUGAUAACUACUCACUAGAGACUUAAUUUCCAACAAUGCUUUGAUUUUUGUCCAUUUUCAGUCACACCUUCUAUACUUUACCUGUACUAUUUAACCUGUUACACCUCACUCACUCCUCAUGAAGUAUUGUUUGACCUGGCUGCAAUUCUGAACAUUCUAGUUUAUUAUCUUGUUUAGUUUUUUUUUUUUUACUUUGCCUGGAUUUAUAUCUCUCGAGUGUUUUGUUUUUUUCCUGCACUCAGUAUUAUUAUUGUUUGCUGCCUGCCUCAACCCGAUGCCUUUUUAUGACAACAAUAUUUGGAUUUACCCGCUACUCUACAUGGCAUGUCUACAGGGCAUGGUGACCAUUGCCUCUCUGAUUGGAUCCAUUUGUUUAUAGUAUUUAUUAAAAUCAAUACUCAGGAUCGUAGAGGCAAUGUUCAAAAUGACCAUGACAUUAUAAGACAGUGCAGUACAAAGAGUGCAAACUGUCCAACAGAUUAUUGUAAAAACAUUAUAGACAGUUCACAAACUAUAUACAUACGUAAUAAAUAUACAAAUUUAACACAACAUUAAAUGUAUAAAUAAAAUCCAAAUGAAGGAAAUAUAAUGUAAUAAUAGCAACUAUAUUGUAUAAAGUAUGUAUGUAAAGUUUAUAUUAAUAAAAUAUUAUAAAACAUUGCUAGAUGUAAUGUAAAUGAGUGGAUGAUCCAAGUUCCUAUGAUAGAGGUUAAUGAUACCUCUGAAUGAAGUUAAUAAAGUAUAAUGGCAGCAACAUGAAUGACCUCCUAGUGCUACAUGUUAUCAGAGCUGGAUAGUGUUUCCAGCUUAGUGGCUUGGUUGCUAGAUUUAGAAUCUCUUUUUUUACAUAAAAGUGCUUAGCAAUAAACCUACUGACUCUUUGACUCAUUCAGAUCUGACUAUACUGCCUUGCAAUUCAUGAGGUUUUGCUUUUCCGAGCCGGCGCCCAUCUGUGUUCACUCUGGACAGGGAGUUGAGCAGCAGCACAUUCAGAUCUGACUGUACAGAGAUGACACGUGAAUGAGCUGCACAUUUACCAAACAGUGAGGAAACACUCGCUUAUCUGUGUAUUUGGUUGUUCCUCAUUUAUUUAAAUUUGAACUGUUUGGACAAAUAAACAUGAACACAGCACACAGAUGAAAUCAAAAAAUCUUUAUUAGGCAUUCGGCUAUAUAUAAAAAAACAUUUAUGACCAUUACUUUAAGAGAAAACUAAAACAGAUUUGGGGUACCAUGUGAUGUGAUAAUGUGACUGGUAUGCUAAUUGGUACAUGGUGUAAUCAAACAACAUUUAGCAACUUUUCAAGCAGGCUUUAACUACUAUCCACUGAAAAUAGUUGGAAACAGAUCUGAUGGGGUGAAAGAUGUAUAGG